CCCGGUGGCGGCGGCGAGGUAGCUCAUCAGAAUCUGCUGAAUUCCGGCGAAAAUGGGUCUCCGUUAACAUCCGGUGAGAGUAGGAAGAGAUCCUCGCCGGCCAGAAAGGGUGGGAGAGGUUGCUACCAAAGAAGGAAGGGUGCAGAGACAUGGAUCACAUUUUCCUGCACCACAGAUGAUAAUCAUGCAUGGAGGAAGUACGGACAAAAGGAAAUCCAGAAUUCAAAAUUCCCUAGGAGUUACUUCAGGUGCAGUCACAUUAAAUAUGAUCAAGGUUGCAAAGAAACCAAACAGGUGCAGCUGACACAACAGAAUCCUGAUAUGUACCAAACUAUGUACAUUGGCAUUCACACAUUUGGUCACAGAUUCUAGUACUUGGGAAUCCUCUCUUCUGAAUUCUGAUCCUGACUCAAAGAUACCAAAUGAACAGGAUCACCAUAUUAGCUCACCAAGCCUGACUAUAAAACAAAAAUAUCCCAAAAAACACAAUUCGAGUGAUGUUACGGAUCGCAAGUUGGAUCCUAGCCUGUUGUCGGAUUUGGAGGAUUUUGAACCCUCCAAGCCUGUCAUUAUGCCUUUAAAAAUGGAAUAUGCAGAUUCAUGUGCAGUUUCUCAACAUUUGGACAAAGAUUUCGGGGUGGAGUCUGUCCAUUUUGGCACUGACUUCCUCUUUGAUGAGAAUCAGUUGCUUUCAUGCUUUGAUUAGAUUCCUGAGAUUAAUUGUUUAGAUUAGGAUUUUGAUCAUCUCAUUUUUCUUAAUAACAUGAUUGUAUUGUGUUUUGAGAGAGAGAGAAAAAAAACACAGUUUGUGUGUGUAGGGACUAAAGUUACCCGUGCAAGGGUUCGUCCUUCAUUAACAAAAAACACACUUUCAUGUUUUUAUGAAAAAUGAAAGGAUACAAAUCCUAUAAAUUUAGAUAUUCGGUUUUUGUUUUUCUCAGUUUCCUCUUCUAUGAAAGA